UAGUUGGAGCCAAGCGUGCAAGCGGUAAACAUGUCUGAAACGCGUCUGAAUCGGUACUUAAGCGGUAGCAUUGUGAUCUAUCUGGCGCUGGCCGGGCUCGUAGCGGUGAAUGGCCAAUCCGGCACAUGGAACAAUGGGAAUGGCGGUGUUGGCGCCUGGUCGAAUGCCCAAACGGGUGCGGCAGGCAUGCAUCCGCCGGGCAGCUUGAGCAGCCAGGAUCCACAGUAUAGCUACGGCUAUGCGGGCGUCGAUUCUCGUGGCACAUAUGGCGGUGCGGGUGGCAACGGUGGCUACUAUGUGAGCGGCACGGACGAGCACGGCCGGCCCUUCUCCUACAACGGUCAGGGCAACCAGCAGCCACUGCCCGGACAGCCGGGCUACAAUAUGGAUUCCAGAUAUCCCGGCAGCUAUGGCUAUAGGGGCGGAGCAGCAUCGAUAACCGGCACACUGGGCAUGGCCCUGACCCUGGCCCUUGGCGCGGCAUGGCUACAGGCCAGGAGAUCUUGAGCGGGGGAACUUUUUGUUGGUUUUAUUUUUAUAUAAUUUUUUUUUUUUUGCUUAAUUUCUAAGUUUAAUUUAUGUAAAUUGUCCAAACGUGUGAAUUGUUCAUUAAAAAGAGAAAAGUGGAGAUCAAGA